UUGGAAUGUUUAACUGUGUUUAUGUCCCAACAGUAUCAAUAGAAGCUAAAGAAAUCACCCAAUCAGACUUGUCGAUGGAAAGAGACGCAAUGUAUAAAUUGUCCCUAAUGUCAGGAGCAUAGUUUCAAUGGAAUGAUGUAUUUACCUGGUCCUCAGUCAUCCAGUCAUCCAGAUUGUUGUCAUCAUCAUCAUCAUCCUCUUUUCCUUUUUUUCUUCUUCACCCUCUUUUUUUACCCUUUCAUCACCAAGCCUAAUCAUGUCUCUACCGGAGGAGAAUAUUAUGUCCCUUAUACAAAAUCUUCUACUAGAGGGUAAUGUUAGUGAUCUUCUCGGACCAUCGCCAAUAAGUAACAACAAUAAUAGCAACAGUAAUGUUAAUAAUCUUCCGAAUUCUCGUGGUUUUCAUGGGAGCUCAAGUCCAUUUCGAAAUGAUGGUAGCUUACAAGCACCUGGUACCAAAUCUAAUGUAUCCAUCGAUUCUUUUAACAUUGGUUCGUCAUCGUCAUCUUCAUUGUUGUUCCGAAAAGGACUGGCCGAGUCUAAAUUUAACUGUGAUGGAUUAUGGAGUACCAGUGAUCUGUUGUCGCCCUUAUCUGACUGCUCUUACAACUCAUUGUUAUCUACAUCUACCUCUUAUACAAAAGGCUUAGAGCCAUGUAUCAAUUCUACUUCCAAUACUACCUCCUCGUCAACAGCCUCAUGUUUUGAUAGCUUAAAUCAUCACAUUCAACGAAAUGACCUUGCUUCAACAAUUUCGCUAAAUAAUCUUAAUGGUAACAAGUCAUCCUAUCUAUUCCCGCCCCUAGUUAAAGGCAAUGGUAAUUGUUUAUAUGACAUAGAACCAGGUACGAGUAUUUGCCACAGUAAUGCUGUUAAUGUUUCAUCACGAAGACGAACCCUUUCCAGUCACUAUACCUCAUCAUCAUCUUCUUCUUCUGUUGAUUCGUCUCGUAUUCAAGAAGAUGAAUUUGAAUCUCAGAUAAACAAGAUAGCCAAUGAGAUUCAUUCGACCAUCCAGUUACAUAUGAGUGGCCUACAAGUCCGCCGGGAUCAGCUUUUACAGCAAUUAGAGAAUGUUAAGAGAAUUUAUUUACAAAUUUUCAAACAACAACAGUCAUCACCCUCCUCACCCUCUACAGGCUCGUCCUGCUCCUCCGGUAGCCAUGUUAUAGAUGGUAAUGGUUUAGGCGGUAAUAAUAUUGGACAAAGACGAAUCGGCUUCCAACAAGGUCGAGGAUGUUAUGACACAAGCACCGAGAUUUGCCAUCCAUUGCCUUUACCAACUGUAACCUUCACAAAACCUGAUUCAGCUCUUUACAAAGCAGUCUCUUCUCUAGGUUUUCUUACUACCCCUGCAUUUGCUCCCUGUUGCUCAGCUACUGGUGAUGGUCUUGAAGUAGCCGUUCCCGGCUUAAACAACAAUUUCACCAUUGUUACACGCAAUUGUUUCAACGAGGAACUUCUUAUUGGUCGGGAAAAUAUUUUUAUUAAAAUAGUACCAUCUAACGGGUCAUCUCCCUCCUCCACAACACAAACAUCAUCCUCUGCUUCAUCUCCGUCUUCGUCCAGUUCCUCGUCUCCAUUGAUUUGUGCCUCAAUUUAUGGAGGAGGUAGUAAUGGUGGAGGUGGUAAUAAUCAUGGUGCAAAUACAAAUAAGAAAGAUCUACUUGGCCUUGAUGUUGGCUCAAAUUCCUCUAAUUCACAAUUUGGUUCCAACCUUCACAGCCACCAUCUAGGAUCUCAAUCAACUUCUCUAAGUAUACCUUAUACUUUACUGGAUCAUAAUAAUGGAAAAUAUACAGUGACAUAUUUGGUUCCACAAUCGCGAACCUUGCCAACUGAAUUGAGUAUAACUAUACUUGUAAAUUAUAUACCUCUUAAUGAUUCUCCUUUCCAUGUACCGGUGCAAUUAGAGCAACGAUCACGAUGGCGAUUAGGCUUGACUUUUGGCUCAGAGGGUAAUGCAAUCGGUCAAUUAUGUCGACCAUGGGGUGUUGCUAUUGUUCGCAUGCCUCCUUUCAUGUUAACACCUCAAUAUUUGGCGUCAACCUCUGUCAAUAAUGGCGGAAAUGGCACUGGUGAUAAUGUUUCAUCAAACACAAAUCAUUCUUGUUCAUCUUCAAAUAAUCAUUGUAACUCAACAAGUACGGGUAAUUCUUGUUCAUCAACUAAUACGGCUAAUCAAGUCUCAUCUCAGACUUGCUCAAAUCUUACUUCAUCAACUACGGGUAUGUCUGUUGGAAGUGGUGCUAAUGGUAAUCACCACCAACAACAGCAACAACAACAACAUCAACAACAUCAUCAAACACAACAAGGAAAUUCACAAUACGGGUGUGACAAAAUACCUCAUUCAACCUCAGUUCAUCAGUAUUUUUCAUCAAAUUCCUCUUCACCCUCUCAUCUUAACCCACCUUUGCAACAAUCAAAUCAAAGCACAACACAAUUACAGACCAACUCAUCGUCUGGUCAAACAACUACGGGUAACUCAUAUGCCUCAUUAUUCUCUUCUGAUAACUCAAAUGGUUUAACCAUUGGUGGUAGUUCAACAAUUGUUGGUCUCUCAUUGCCAACAUGCAACUCAAACGCUACUACAGCAAAUUCAAUUACGGGUAUUGAAAAGUCUUCAUGUGCGUCAUCAUCUUCAUCUUCAACGGGACCUGGUCCCAACAACACUAAUAGUAACCGAAACGGGUCUAAAAGUACAAUUAACAAAAAUAACAAACACUAUUUGAUCGCAGUCGCUGAUCGUAGUAACAAUCGUAUUCAAUUACUUCACUUUGAUGCUGGUACAAUGAGCAUCAAAGUUCUUCAAGUCUUUGGUUCUGGUCCAGGAACUCGGGCUGGGCUUUUUGAUCGGCCUGCGGGUAUAACCAUUAAUACUAGUUUAAAUCACAUUAUAGUCGCGGACAAGGAUAACCACAGAAUUCAAGUUUUUGAUCUUUCCGGCCGUUAUCAAUUUAAAUUUGGUGAAAAGGGAAAUCGAGCUGGUCAAUUCUGUUAUCCAUGGGAUGUAGAUUCCUGUUCGCACACACAUCAACUUUUGGUCAGUGAUACACGAAAUCGUCGAGUCCAACUGUUUACUCCCUACGGACAAUAUAUAACCCAUUUCUCCCAUCCUUUGGACUCUCCUCGAGGUGUCUCUUUCCUCGGUGACAAUCGGAUCGUAGUUUCUGAUUUUAACAAACAUAGACUCUUAAUUUUUGACAAAUUCCCUUCCAAAGAGGAUGCUUCUAAGGUAAUUGGUUUUGGCGAAGGAACAGGAUGGGGCGAAUUCUUGCGUCCGCAAGGAGUAUCAAUUUUGGGUAAUUCUAUUUUCUGUGCGGACUCACGUAACAAUCGCAUCUGCAUCUAUAAUCUGUUUACUCAAGCCUUCGAAUAUCUUGGACAAGACUUAAACUGUGACAGACCUUCAGGUCUUCAUGUAAUUGAUAAUAUACUGGUUAUCGUUGACUUUGGAAACAAUCGACUACAAAUUUGUCAACUUUAAUGACAGCUUACUUCUAACAUCUCAUAAAAUUAUCUGCAUUUUGUGAAUUAUCUUUUAAUUUUCUUUUUCUUUUAUUUUCUUCACAUCUAUCUUAAAUGUCACCCUUUUGCUUGGUGUUCUCUAUUUCCUUCUACCCUCCCUACACCCCUUUCAUCUCUUACCUUAACUCUUUUUAUUCCACAUCUUUCAGAUGUGUCCAUCCGGGUAUCCUUAGAAAGAAGAAGAUAUUGCUUGCUUUUACAUUCUCUUUCAUUUCUAUCUUAAUCUUUGAUUUUCUUUACCAAUCACCUAUUUUCUUUGCUUCCUCAUCCUUACACGUCUCUCUAUCUUUCCCCUUUCCCUCUGCAUGUCUCUCUCACUAUAAAUAUAACUCUAUUACCUGUUCACAGUUACCUUUUAGACAACACAAGCAUCUAAAAAUUUAACAAUUUUGCUUUUUCCUUCCAUUUUCCCUACACAUUAAAAUGUUUGCCCUUCUAACCUUAACCCUCAACAAAACCUUCCAGAUCUUUAAUUACUAGUUAUCAAAAUGUCUCUUAUCUCAAUGUCUAUUGUUGCUAUAUGAAAAAAAACACUAAAACAAAUAAUCAAUUUAAGAUCAAAAAAUACAUUGUUAAUCUAGUAUCUGCAGAGGUGCAGGAAAAAAGACUGAAUAAAGUGAUUCUAUAGCGUAUGUAUGGUACUAUCUUGCCACUUUUAUCGUUAUUUUAUUUUAAUUAACAAUUUUUGUUUCUUA